AUGGGGACGCCCGCCCCAUUCUCCCGCUUUCCAUCACCCCGCCCCUUUCUCCCGCUUUCCAUCUCCCCGCCCCAUUCUCCCGCUUUCCAUCACACCGCCCCAUUCUCCCGCGUUCCAUCACCCCGCCCCAUUCUUCCGCUUCCCAUCAUCCCGCCCCAUUCCCCCGCUUUCCAUCACCCCUCCCCAUUCUCCCUCCUUCUAUCACCCCGCCCCAUUCUCCCACUUUCCAUCACCCGACCCAUUCUCCCGCUUUCCAUCACCUCGCCCCAUUCUCCCGCUUUCCAUCACCCCGCCCCAUUCUUCUGCUUUCCAUCACCCCGCCCCAUUCUCCCGCUUUCCAUCACCCUGCCCCAUUCACCCGCUUUCCAUCACCCGCCCCAUUCUCCCGCUUUCCAUCACCCCGCCCCAUUCUCCCGCUUUCCAUCACCCCGCCCCAUUCUCCCGCUUUUCAUCACCCCGCCCCAUUCUCCCGCUUUCCAACACCCCAGCCCAUUCUCUCUCGCUUUCCAUCACCCCGCCCCCUUCUUCCUCCUUCCAUCACCCCGCCCCAUUCUCCCUCCUUCCUUCACCCCGCCCCAUUCUCCCGCUUUCCAUCACCCUGCCCCAUUCUCCCGCUUUCCAUCACCCCGCCCCAUUCUCCCGCUUUUCCAUCACCCUGCCCCAUUCUCCCUCCUUCCAUCACCCCGCCCCAUUCUCCCGCUUUCCAUCACCCCGCCCCAUUCUCCCGCUUUCCAUCACCCCACCCCAUUCUCCCGCUUCCCAUCAUCCCGCCCCAUUCUCGCGCUUUCCAUCACCCCGCCCCAUUCUCCCUCCUUCCAUCACCCCGCCCCAUUCUCCCGCUUUCCAUCACCCCGCCCCAUUCUCCCGCUUUCCAUCACCCCGCCCCCUUCUCCCUCCUUCCAUCACCCCGCCCCAUUCUCCCUCCUUCCAUCACCCCGCCCCAUUCUCCCGCUUUCCAUCAGCCCGCCCCAUUCUCCCGCUUUCCAUCACCCCGCCCCUUUCUCCCGCUUUCCAUCUCCCUGCCCCAUUCUCCCGCUUUCCAUCACCCCACCCCAUUCUCCCGCCCGCCCCAUUCACCCGCUUUCCAUCACCCCUCCCCUUUCUCCCGCUUUCCAUCACCCCGCCCCAUUCUUCCGCUUCCCAUCAUCCCGCCCCAUUCCCCCGCUUUCCAUCACCCCUCCCCAUUCUCCCUCCUUCUAUCACCCCGCCCCAUUCUCUCGCUUUCCAUCACCUCGCCUCAUUCUCCCGCUUUCCAUCACCCCGACCCAUUCUCCCGCUUUCCAUCACCCCGCCCCAUUCUCCCUCCUUCCAUCACCCCGCCCCAUUCUCCCGCUUUCCAUCACCCCGCCCCAUUCUCCCUCCUUCCAUCACCCCGCCCCAUUCUCCCUCAUUCCAUCACCUCGCUCCAUUCUCCCGCUUUCCAUCACCCCGCCCCAUUCUCCCGCUUCCCAUAACCCCACCCCAUUCUUCCGCUUUCCAUCACCCUGCCACAUUUUCCCACUUUCCAUCACCCCACCCCCUUCUCUCUCCUUCCAUCACCCCGCCCCAUUCUCCCUCCUUCCAUCACCCCGCCCCAUUCUCCCGCUUUCCAUCAGCCCGCCCCAUUUUCCCGCUUUCCAUCACCCCGCCCCUUUCUCCCGCUUUCCAUCUCCCCGCCCCAUUCUCCCGCUUUCCAUCACAUCGCCCCAUUCUCCCGCUUUCCAUCACCCCGCCCCAUUCUUCCGCUUCCCAUCAUCCCGCCCCAUUCCCCCACUUUCCAUCACCCCUCCCCAUUCUCCCUCCUUCCAUCACCCCGCCCCAUUCUCCCGCUUUCCAUCACCCGCCCCAUUCUCCCGCUUUCCAUCACCUCGCCCCAUUCUCCCGCUUUCCAUCACCCCGCCCCAUUCUUCUGCUUUCCAUCACCCCGACCCAUUCUCCCGCUUUCCAUCACCCUGCCUCAUUCACCCGCUUUCCAUCACCCGCCCCAUUCUCCCGCUUUCCAUCACCCCGCCUUAUUCUCUUGCUUUCCAUCACCCCGCCCCAUUCUCCUGCUUUUCAUCACCCCGCCCCAUUCUCCCGCUUUCCAACACCCCGGCCCAUUCUCUCGCUUUCCAUCACCCCGCCCCCUUCUUCCUCCUUCCAUCACCCCGCCCCAUUCUCCCUCCUUCCUUCACCCUGCCCCAUUCUCCCUCCUUCCAUCACCCCGCCCCAUUCUCCCGCUUUCCAUCACCCCGCGCCAUUCUUCCGCUUUCCAUCACCCCGCCCCCUUCUCCCUCCUUCCAUCACCCCGCCCAAUUCUCCCUCCUUCCAUCACCCCGCCCCAUUCUCCCGCUUUCCAUCAGCCCGCCCCAUUCUCCCGCUUUCCAUCACCCCGCCCCUUUCUCCCGCUUUCCAUCUCCCUGCCCCAUUCUCCCGCUUUCCAUCACCCCGCCCCAUUCUCCCGCUUUCCAUCACCCCGCCCCAUUCUCUGGCUUCCCAUCAUCCCGCCCCAUUCCCCCGCUUUCCAUCACCCCUCCCCAUUCUCCCUCCUUCCAUCACCCCGCCCCAUUCUCCCGCUUUCCAUUACACGCCCCAUUCUCCCGCUUUCCAUCACCUCGCCCCAUCUCCCGCUUUCCAUCACCCCGCCCUAUUAUUCUGCUUUCCAUAACCCCGCCCCAUUCUCCUGCUUUCCAUCACCCCGCCCCAUUCACCCGCUUUCCAUCACCCGCCCCAUUCUCCCGCUUUCCAUCACCCCGCCCCAUUCUCCCACUUUCCAUCACCCCGCCCCAUUCUCCCGCUUUUCAUCACCCCGCCCCAUUCUCCCGCUUUCCAACACCCCGCCCCAUUCUCCCGCUUUCCAUCACCCCGCCCCAUUCUCCCGCUUUCCAUCACACCGCUCCAUUCUCCUGCUUUCCAUCACUCCGCCCCAUUCUCCCGCUUUCCAUCACCCCGCCCCAUUCUCCCGCUUUCCAUCACCCCUCCCCAUUCUCCCUCCUUCCAUCACCCCGCCUCAUUCUCCCUCCUUCCAUCACCCCGCCCCAUUCUCCCGCUUUCCAUCACCCCGCCCCAUUCUCCCGCUUUCCAUCACCCAGCCCCAUUCUCCCACUUUCCAUCACCCCGUCCCAUUUUCCCGCUUUCUAUCACCCUGCCCCAUUCUCACGCUUUCCAUCACCCUGCCCCAAUCUCCCGCUUUCCAUCACCCCGCCCCAUUCUCCCUCCUUCCAUCACCCCGCCCCGUUCUCCUGCUUUCCACCACCCCGCUCCAUUCUCCCGCUUUCCAUAACCCCGCCCCAUUCUCCCUCCUUCCAUCACCCGCCCCCCCACCCCAUUCUCCCGCUUUCCAUCACCCCGCCCCAUUCUCCCGCUUUCCAUCACCCCGCCCCAUUCUCCCGCUUUCCAUCACCCCGCCCCAUUCUCCCGCUUUCCAUCACCCCGCCCCAUUCUCCCGCUUUCCAUCACCCCGCCCCAUUCUCCCGCUUUCCAUCACCCCGCCCCAUUCUCCCUCCUUCCAUCACCCCGCCUCAUUCUACCUCCUUCCAUCACCCCGCCCCUUGCUCCCGCUUUCCAUCACCCCGCCCCAUUCUCCCGAUUUUCAUCACCCCGCCCUAUUCUCCCACUUUCCAUCACCCCGCCCCAUUCUCCCGCUUUCCAUCACCCCGCCCCAUUCUCCCUCUUUCCAUCAUCCCGCCCCAUUCUCCCGCUUUCCAUCAGCCCACCCCAUUCACCCGCUUUCCAUCACACCGCCCCAUUCUCCCGCUUUCCAUCACCCCGCCCCAUUCUCCCAUCACCCCGCCCCAUUCUCCCGCUUUCCAUCACCACGCCCCAUACUCCCACUUUCCAUCACCCCGCCCCAUUCUCCCGCUUUCCAUCACUCCGCCCCAUUCUCCCGCUUUCCAUCACCCCGCCCCUUUCUCCCGCUUUCCAUCACCCCGCCCCAUUCUUCUCCUUCCAUCACCCCGCCUCAUUCUACCUCCUUCCAUCACCCCGCCCCAUUCUCCCGCUUUCCAUCACCCCGCCCCAUUCUCCCGCUUUCCAUCACCCCGCCCCAUUCUCCCGCUUUCCAUCACCACGCCCCAUUCUCCCGCUUUCCAUCACACCGCCCCAUUCUCCCUCCUUCGAUCACCCUGCCCCAUUCUCCCGCUUUCCGUCACCCCGCCCCAUUCUCCCGCUUUCCAUAACCCCGCCCCAUUCUCCCUCUUUCCAUCACCCUGCCACAUUCUCCCACUUUCCAUCACCCCGCCCCAUUCUCCCUCCUUCCAUCACCCGGCCCCAUUCUCCCUCCUUCCAUCACCCCGCCCCAUUCUCCCUCCUUCCAUCACCCCGCCCCAUUCUCCCUCCUUCCAUCACCCCGCCCCAUUCUCCCACUUUCCAUCACCCCGCCCCAUUCUCCCACUUUCCAUCAGCCCUCCCCAUUCUCCCGCUUUCCAUCACCCCGCCCCAUUCUCUCGCUUUUCAUCACCCCACCCCAUUCUCCCGCUUUCCAUCACCCCGCCCCCUUCUUCCUCCUUCCAUCACCCCGCCCCAUUCUCCCUCCUUCCAUCACCCCGCCCCAUUCUCCCACUUUCUAUCAGCCCGCCCCAUUCUCCCGCUUUCCAUCACCCCGCCCCUUUCUCCCUCUUUCCAUCUCCCCGCCCCAUUCUCCCGCUUUCCAUCACCCCGCCCCAUUCUCCCGCUUCCCAUCAUCCCGCCCCAUUCCCCCGCUUUCCAUCACCCCGCCCCAUUCUCCCGCUUCCCAUCAUCCCGCCCCAUUCCCCCGCUUUCCAUCACCCCUUCCCAUUCUCCCUCCUUCCAUCACCCCGCCCCAUUCUCCCGCUUUCUAUCACCCGCCCCAUUCUCCCGCUUUCCAUCACCCCGCCCCAUUCUCCCGCUUUCCAUCACCCCACCCCAUUCUCCCGCUUUCCAUCACCCCGCCCCAUUCUCCCACUUUCCAUCACCCCGCCCCAUUCUCCCUCCUUCCAUCACCCCGCCUCAUUCUACCUCCUUCCAUCACCCCGCCCCAUGCUCCCGCUUUCCAUCACCCCGCCCCAUUCUCCCGCUUUUCAUCACCCCGCCCCAUUCUCCCGCUUUCCAUCACCCCGCCCCAUUCUCCCUCUUUCCAUCACCCCGCUCCAUUCUCCCGCUUUCCAUCACCACGCCCCAUUCUCCCUCCUUCCAUCACCCCGCCCCAUUCUCCCGCUUUCCAUCACCCCGCCCCACUCUCCCUCCUUCCAUCACCCCGCCUCAUUCUACCUCCUUCCAUCACCCCGCCCCUUGCUCCCGCUUUCCAUCACCCCGCCCCAUUCUCCCGAUUUUCAUCACCCCGCCCUAUUCUCCCACUUUCCAUCACCCCGCCCCAUUCUCCCGCUUUCCAUCACCCCGCCCCAUUCUCCCUCUUUCCAUCAUCCCGCCCCAUUCUCCCGCUUUCCAUCAGCCCACCCCAUUCACCCGCUUUCCAUCACACCGCCCCAUUCUCCCGCUUUCCAUCACCCCGCCCCAUUCUCCCAUCACCCCGCCCCAUUCUCCCGCUUUCCAUCACCACGCCCCAUUCUCCCACUUUCCAUCACCCCGCCCCAUUCUCCCGCUUUCCAUCACUCCGCCCCAUUCUCCCGCUUUCCAUCACCCCGCCCCUUUCUCCCGCUUUCCAUCACCCCACCCCAUUCUUCUCCUUCCAUCACCCCGCCUCAUUCUACCUCCUUCCAUCACCCCGCCCCAUGCUCCCGCUUUCCAUCACCUUGCCCCAUUCUCCCGCUUUCCAUCACCCCGCCCCAUUCUCCCGCUUUCCAUCACCCCGCCCCAUUCUCCCGCUUUCCAUCACCCCGCUCCAUUCUCCCGCUUUCCAUCACCACGCCCCAUUCUCCCUCCUUCCAUCACCCCGCCCCAUUCUCCCGCUUUCCAUCACCCCGCCCCAUUCUCCCUCCUUCCAUCACCCCGCCUCAUUCUACCUCCUUCCAUCACCCCGCCCCUUGCUCCCGCUUUCCAUCACCCCGCCCCAUUCUCCCGAUUUUCAUCACCCCGCCCUAUUCUCCCACUUUCCAUCACCCCGCCCCAUUCUCCCGCUUUCCAUCACCCCGCCCCAUUCUCCCUCUUUCCAUCAUCCCGCCCCAUUCUCCCGCUUUCCAUCAGCCCACCCCAUUCACCCGCUUUCCAUCAAACCGCCCCAUUCUCCCGCUUUCCAUCACCCCGCCCCAUUCUCCUGCUUUCCAUCACCCCGCCCCAUUCUCCCUCCUUCCAUCACCCCGACCCAUUCUCCCUCCUUUGAUCACCCCGCCCCAUUCUCCCGCUUUCCAUCAGCCCUCCCCAUUCUCCCGCUUUCCAUCACCCCGCCCCAUUCUCUCGCUUUUCAUCACCCCACCCCAUUCUCCCGCUUUCCAUCACCCCGCCCCCUUCUCCCUCCUUCCAUCACCCCGCCCCAUUCUCCCUCCUUCCAUCACCCCGCCCCAUUCUCCCACUUUCUAUCAGCCCGCCCCAUUCUCCCGCUUUCCAUCACCCCGCCCCUUUCUCCCGCUUUCCAUCUCCCUGCCCCAUUCUCCCGCUUUCCAUCACCCCGCCCCAUUCUCCCGCUUUCCAUCACCCCGCCCCAUUCUCCCGCUUCCCAUCAUCCCGCCCCAUUCGCCCGCUUUCCAUCACCCCGCCCCAUUCUCCCUCCUUCCAUCACCCCGCCCCAUUCUCCCUCCUUCCAUCACCGUGCCCCAUUCUCCCGCUUUACAUCAGCCCGCCCCAUUCUCCCGCUUUCCAUCACCCCGCCCCAUUCUCCCGCUUUCCAUCACCCCGCCCCAUUCUCCUGCUUUCCAUCACCUCGCCUUAUUUUCCCGCUUUUUAUCACCCCGCCCCAUUCUCCCGCUUUCUAUCACCCGUCCCCAUUCUCCCUCCUUCCAUCACCCCGCCCCAUUCUCCCGCUUUCCAUCACCCCGCCCCAUUCUCCCGCUUUCCAUCACCUCGCCCCAUUUUCCCGAUUUUUAUCACCCCGCCCCAUUCUCCCGCUUUCCAUCACCCCGCCUGAUUCUCCCUCCUUCCAUCACCCCACACCAUUCUCCCGCUUUCCAUCACCCCGCCCCAUUCUCCUGCUUUCCCCGCCCCAUUCUCCUGCUUUCCAUCACCCCUCCCCAUUCUCCCGCUUUCCAUCACCCCACCCCAUUCUCCCGCUUUCCAUCACCCCGCCCCAUUCUCCCUCAUUCCAUGACCUCGCCCCAUUCACCCUCCUUCCAUCACCCUGCCCAAUCCUCCCGCUUUCCAUCACCCCGCCCCAUUCUCCCGCUAUCCAUCACCCCGCCUCAUUCUCCCUCCUUCCAUCACCACGCCCGAUUCUCCCUCCUUCCAUCACCCCGCCCCAUUCUCCCUCCUUCCAUCACCCCGCCCCAUUCUCCCUCCUUCCAUCACCGUGCCCCAUUCUCCCGCUUUACAUCAGCCCGCCCCAUUCUCCCGCUUUCCAUCACCCCGCCCCAUUCUCCCGCUUUCCAUCACCCCGCCCCAUUCUCCCGAUUUCCAUCACCCCGCCCCAUUCACCCGCUUUCCAUCACCCCGCCCCAUUCUCCCGCUUUCCAUCACCCCGCCCCAUUCUCCCGCUUUCCAUCACCCCGCCCCAUUCUCCCGCUUUCCAUCACCCUGCCCCAUUCUCCCGCUUUCCAUCACCCCGCCUCAUUCUCCCGCUUCCCAUCAUCCCGCCCCAUUCCCCCGCUUUCCAUCACCUCUCUCUCCUUCCAUCACCCCGCCCCAUUCUCCCGCUUUCUAUCACCCGUCCCCAUUCUCCCUCCUUCCAUCACCCCGCCCCAUUCUCCCGCUUUCCAUCGCCCCGCCCCAUUCUCCCGCUUUCCAUCACCUCGCCCCAUUCUCCCGCUUUUUAUCACCCCGCCCCAUUCUCCCGCUUUCCAUCACCCCGCCCGAUUCUCCCUCCUUCCAUCACCCCACACCAUUCUCCCGCUUUCCAUCACCCCGCCCCAUUCUCCUGCUUUCCAUCACCCCUCCCCAUUCUCCCGCUUUCCAUCACCCCGCCCCAUUCUCCCGCUUUCCAUCACCCCGCCCCAUUCUCCCGCUUUCCAUCACCCCGCCCCAUUCUCCCGCUUUCCCUCACCCCGCCCCAUUCUCCAGCUUUCCAUCACCCCGCCCUAUUCUCCCGCUUCCCAUCAACCCGCCCCAUUCUCCCGCUUUCUAUCACCCGUCCCCAUUCUUCCUCCUUCCAUCACCCCGCCCAAUUCUCCUGCUUUCCAUCACCCCGCCCCAUUCUCCCGCUUUCCAUCACCUUGCCCCAUUCUCCCACUUUUUAUCACCCCGCCCCAUUCUCCCGCUUUCCAUCGCCCCGCCCGAUUCUCCCUCCUUCCAUCACCCCACACCAUUCUCCCGCAUUCUAUCACCCCGCCCCAUUCUCCUGCUUUCCAUGACCCCGCCCCAUUCUCUUGCUUACUAUCAACCCGCCCCAUUCUCCCGCUUUCUAUCAUCCGUCCCCAUUCUCCCUCCUUCCAUCACCCCGCCCCAUUCUCCCGCUUUCCAUCACCCCGCCCCAUUCUCCCCCUUUCCAUCACCUCGCCCCAUUUUCCCGCUUUUUAUCACCCCACCCCAUUCUCCCGCUUUCCAUCACCCCGCCCCAUUCUCCUGCUUUCCAUCACCCCUCCCCAUUCUCCCGCUUUCCAUCACCCCGCCCCAUACUCCCGCUUUCCAUCACCCCGCCCCAUUCUCCCGCUUUCCAUCACUUCGCCCCAUUCUCCCGCUUUCCCUCACCCCGCCCCAUUCUCCAGCUUUCCAUCACCGCGCCCCAUUCUCCCGCUUCCCAUCAACCCGCCCCAUUCUCCCGCUUUCUAUCACCCGUCCCCAUUCUAUCUCCUUCCAUCACCCCGCCCCAUUCUCCCGCUUUCCAUCACCCCGCCCCAUUCUCCCGCUUUCCAUCACCUCGCCCCAUUCUCCCGCUUUUUAUCACCCGCCCCAUUCUCCCGCUUUCCAUCGCCCCGCCCCAUUCUCCCUCUUUCCAUCACCCCGCCCCAUUCUCCCUCUUUCCAUUACCCCGCCCCAUUCUCCUGCUUUCCAUCACCCCGCCCCAUUCUCCCUCUUUCCAUCACCCCGCCCCAUUCUCCCGCUUUCUAUCACCCCACCCCAUUCUCCCGCUUUCCGUCACCCCGCCCCAUUCUCCCUCUUUCCAUCACCCCGCCCCAUUCUCCCGCCUUUCAUCACCCCACCCCAUUCUCCCGCUUUCCAUCACCCCGCCCAAUUCUCCCUCUUUCCAUCACCCCGCCCCAUUCCCGCCUUCCAUCACCCCGCCCCAUUCUCCCUCUUUCCAUCACACCGCCCCAUUCUCACGCUUUCCAUCACCCCGCCCCAUUUUCCCUCUUUCCAUCACAACGCCCCAUUCUCCCGCGUUCCAUCACCCCGCCCCAUUCUCCCUCUAUCCAUCACCCCGCCCAAUUCUCCCACUUUCCAUCACCCCGUCCCAUUCUCCCGUUUUCCAUCACCCCGCCCCAUUCUCUCGCUUUCCAUCACCCCGCCUUAUUCUCCCGCUUUCCAUCACCCCGCCCCAUCCUAACGAUUUCCAUCACCCCGCCCCAUUCUCCCGCUUUCCAUCACCCCGCCCCAUUCUCCCACUUUCCAUCACCCCGCCCCAUUCUCCCACUUUCCAUCACCCCGCACCAUUCUCCCUCUUUCCAUCACCCCGCCCCAUUCUCCCUCUUUCCAUCACCCCGCCCCAUUCUCCCGCUUUCCAUCACUCCGCGCCAUUUUCCCUCUUUCCAUCACCCCGCCCCAUUCUCCCGCUUUCCAUCACCCUGCCCCAUUCUCCCGCUUUCCAUCACCCCGCUCCAUUGUCCCGCUUUCCAUCACCCCGCCCAAUUCUCCCUCUUUCCAUCACCCCUCCCCAUUCUCCCUCUUUCCAUCACCCCGCCCCAUUCUCCCGCUUUCCAUCACCCCGCCCCAUUCUCCCUCUUUCCAUCACCCCGCCCCAUUUUCCCUCUUUCCAUUACCCCGCCCCAUUCUCCUGCUUUCCAUCACCCCGCCCCAUUCUCCCUCUUUCCAUCACCCCGCCCCAUUCUCCCGCUUUCUAUCACCCCACCCCAUUCUCCCGCUUUCCAUCACCCCGUCCCCCCCGUUCUCCCUCUUUCCAUCACCCCGCCCCAUUCUCCCUCUUUCCAUCACCCCGCCCCAUUCUCCCGAUUUCCAUCACCCCGCCCCAUUCUCCCUCUUUCCAUCACCGCGCCCCAUUCUCCCUCUUUCCAUCACCCCGACCCAUUCUCCCGCUUUCCAUCACCCCGCCCCAUUCUCCCUCUUUCCAUCACCCCGCCCCAUUCUCCCGCUUUCCAUCACCCCGCCCCAUUCUCCCUCUUUCCAUCACCCCGCCCCGUUCUCUCGCUUUCCAUCACCCCGCCUUAUUCUCCCGCUUUCCAUCACCCUGCCCCAUUCUCCCGAUUUCGAUCACCCCGCCCCAUUCUCCCGCUUUCCAUCACCUCGCCCCAUUCUCCCGCUUUCCAUCACCCCGCCCCAUUCUCCCGCUUUCCAACACCUCGCCCCAUUCUCCCGCUUUCCAUCACCCCGCCCCAUUCUCACUCUUUCCAUCACCCCGCCCCAUUCUCCCUCUUUCCAUCACCCUGCCCCAUUCUCCCGCUUUCCAUCACCCCGCCCCAUUCUCCCUCUUUCCAUAACCUCGCCCCAUUCUCCCGCUUUCCAUCACCCCGCCCCAUUCUCCCGCUUUCCAUCACCCCGCCCCAUUCUCCUGCUUUCCAUCACCCCGCCCCAUUCUCCCUCUUUCCAUCACCCCGCCCCAUUCUCCCGCUUUCCAUCACCCCGCCCCAUUCUCCCGCUUUCCAUCACCCCGCCCCAUUCUCCCGCUUUCCAUCACCCCGUCCCAUUAUCCCUCUUUCCAUCACCUCGCCCCAUUCUCCCACUUUCCAUCACCCCGCCCCAUUCUUCCUCUUUCCAUCUCCCCGCCCCAUUCUCCCUCUUUCCAUCACCCCGCCCCAUUCUCCCUCUUUCCAUCACCCCGCCCCAUUCUCCCUCUUUCCAUCACCCCGCCCCGUUCUCCCUCUUUCCAUCACCCCGCCCCAUUCUCCCUCUUUCCAUCACCCCGCCCCAUUCUCCCGAUUUCCGUCACCCCGCCCCAUUCUCCCUCUUUCCAUCACCCCGCCCCAUUCUCCCUCUUUCCAUCACCCCGACCCAUUCUCCCGCUUUCCAUCACCCCGCCCCAUUCUCCCUCUUUCCAUCACCCCGCCCCAUUCUCCUGCCUUCCAUCACCCCGCCCCAUUCUCCCGCUUUCCAUCACCCCACCCCAUUCUACCGCUUUCCAUCACCCUGUCCCAUUAUCCCGCUUUCCAUCACCCCGCCCCAUUCUUCCUCUUUUCAUCUCCCCGCCCCAUUCUCCCUCUUUCCAUCACCCCGCCCCAUUCUCCCUCUUUCCAUCACCCCGCCCCGUUCUCCCUCUUUCCAUCACCCCGCCCCAUUCUCCCGAUUUCCGUCACCCCGCCCCAUUCUCCCUCUUUCCAUAACCCCGCCCCAUUCUCCCGAUUUCCAUCACCCCGCCCCAUUCUCACGCUUUCCAUCACCCCGCCCCAUUCUCCCUCUUUCCAUCACCCGCCCCAUUCUCCCGCUUUCCAUCACCCCGCCCCAUUCUCCCUCUAUCCAUCACCCCGCCCAAUUCUCCCACUUUCCAUCACCCUGUCCCAUUCUCCCGUUUUCCAUCACCCCGCCCCAUUCUCUUGCUUUCCAUCACCCCGCCUUAUUCUCCCGCUUUCCAUCACCCCGCCCCAUUCUCCCGAUUUCCAUCACCCCGCCCCAUUCUCCCGCUUUCCAUCACCUCGCCCCAUUCUCCCGCUUUCCAUCACCCCGCCCCAUUCUCCCGCUUUCGAAUACCUCGCCCCAUUCUCCCGCUUUCCAUCACCCCGCCCCAUUCUCACUCUUUCCAUCACCCCGCCCCAUUCUCCCUCUUUCCAUCACCCCGCCCCAUUCUCCCGCUUUCCAUCACCCCGCCCCAUUCUCCCUCUUUCCAUAACCCCGCCCCAUUCUCCCGCUUUCCAUCACCCCGCCCCAUUCUCCCUCUUUCCAUCACCCCGCCCCAUUCUCCCUCUUUCCAUAACCCCGCCCCAUUCUCCCGCUUUCCAUCACCCCGCCCCAUUCUCCCUCUUUCCAUCACCCCGCCCCGUUCUCCCGCUUUCCAUCACCCUGCCCCAUUCUCCCGCUUUCCAUCACCCCGCCCCAUUCUCCCGCUUUCCAUCACCCCGCCCCAUUCUCCCUCUUUCCAUCACCCCGCCCCAUUCUCCCGCUUUCCAUCACCCCGCCCCAUUCUACCGCAUUCCAUCAUCCCGCUCCAUUAUUUCCGUCACCCCGCCCCAUUCUCCCUCUUUCCAUCACCCCACCCCAUUCUCCCUCUUUCCAUCACCCCGACCCAUUCUCCCGCUUUCCAUCACCCCGCCCCAUUCUCCCUCUUUCCAUCACCCCGCCCCAAUCUCCCGCCUUCCAUCACCCCGCCCCAUUCUCCCUUUUUCCAUCACCCCGCCCCAUUCUCACGCUUUCCAUCACCCCGCCCCAUUCUCCCUCUUUCCAUCACCCCGCCCCAUUCUCCCGCUUUCCAUCACCCCGCCCCAUACUCCCUCUAUCCAUCAUCCCGCUCCAUUGUCCCACUUUCCAUCACCCCGCCCAAUUCUCCCUCUUUCCAUCACCCCUCCCCAUUCUCCCUUUUUCCAUAACCCCGCCCCAUUCUCCUGCUUUCCAUCACCCCGCCCCAUUCUACCGCUUUCCAUCACCCCGCCCCAUUCUCCCUCUUUCCAUCACCCCGCCCCAUUCUCCCGCUUUCCAUCACCCCGCCCCAUUCUCCCUCUAUCCAUCACCCCGCCCAAUUCUCCCACUUUCCAUCACCCCGUCCCAUUCUCCCGUUUUCCAUCACCCCGCCCCAUUCUCUCGCUUUCCAUCACCCCGCCUUAUUCUCCCGCUUUCCAUCACCCCGCCCCAUUCUCCCGAUUUCCAUCACCCCGCCCCAUUCUCCCGCUUUCCAUCACCCCGCCCCAUUCUCCCUCUUUCCAUAACCCCGCCCCAUUCUCCCGCUUUCCAUCACCCCACCCCAUUCUCCCUCUUUCCAUCACCCCGCCCCGUUCUCCCGCUUUCCAUCACCCCGCCCCAUUCUCCCGCUUUCCAUCACCCCGCCCCGCUUUCCAUCACCCCGCCCCAUUCUCCCUCUUUCCAUCACCCCGCCCCAUUCUCCCGCUUUCCAUCACCCCGCCCCAUUCUCCCUCUUUCCAUAACCCCGCCCCAUUCUCCCGCUUUCCAUCACCCCACCCCAUUCUCCCUCUUUCCAUCACCCCGCCCCGUUCUCCCGCUUUCCAUCACCCCGCCCCAUUCUCCCGCUUUCCAUCACCCCGCCCCGCUUUCCAUCACCCCGCCCCAUUCUCCCUCUUUCCAUCACCCCGCCCCAUUCUCCCGCUUUCCAUCACCCCGCCCCAUUCUACCGCUUUCCAUCAUCCCGCUUCAUUGUCCCGCUUUCCAUCACCCCUCCCCAUUCUCCCUUUUUCCAUAACCCCGCCCCAUUCUCCCGCUUUCCAUCACCCCGCCCCAUUUUCCCGCUUUCCAUCACCCCGCCCCAUUCUCCCUCUUUCCAUCACCCCGCCCCAUUCUCCCUCUUUCCUUCACCCCGCCCCAUUCUCCCGCUUUCCAUCACCCCGCCCCAUUCUCCCUCUUUCCAUAACCCCGCCCCAUUCACCCGCUUUCCAUCACCCCGCCCCAUUCUCCCUCUUUCCAUCACCCCGCCCCGUUCUCCCGCUUUCCAUCACCCCGCCCCAUUCUCCCGCUUUCCAUCACCCCGCCCCAUUCUCCUGCUUUCCAUCACCCCGCCCCAUUCUCCCUCUUUCCAUCACCCCCCCCCAUUCUCCCGCUUUCCAUCACCCCGCCCCAUUCUCCCGCUUUCCAUCACCCCGCCCCAUUCUCCCGCUUUCCAUCACCCCGUCCCAUUAUCCCUCUUUCCAUCAUCCCGCCCCAUUCUCCCGCUUUCCAUCACCCCGCCCCAUUCUUCCUCUUUCCAUCUCCCCGCCCCAUUCUCCCUCUUUCCAUCACCCCGCCCCAUUCUCCCUCUUUCCAUCACCCCGCCCCAUUCUCCCUCUUUCCAUCACCCCGCCCCGUUCUCCCUCUUUCCAUCACCCCGCCCCAUUCUCCCUCUUUCCAUCACCCCGCCCCAUUCUCCCGAUUUCCGUCACCCCGCCCCAUUCUCCCUCUUUCCAUCACCCCGCCCCAUUCUCCCUCUUUCCAUCACCCCGACCCAUUCUCCCGCUUUCCAUCACCCCGCCCCAUUCUCCCUCUUUCCAUCACCCCGCCCCAUUCUCCUGCCUUCCAUCACCCCGCCCCAUUCUCCCGCUUUCCAUCACCCCGCCCCAUUCUACCGCUUUCCAUCACCCCGUCCCAUUAUCCCGCUUUCCAUCACCCCGCCCCAUUUUCCCGCUUUCCAUCACCCCGCCCCAUUCUCCCUCUUUCCAUCACCCCGCCCCAUUCUCCCUCUUUCCUUCACCCCGCCCCAUUCUCCCGCUUUCCAUCACCCCGCCCCAUUCUCCCUCUUUCCAUAACCCCGCCCCAUUCACCCGCUUUCCAUCACCCCGCCCCAUUCUCCCUCUUUCCAUCACCCCGCCCCGUUCUCCCGCUUUCCAUCACCCCGCCCCAUUCUCCCGCUUUCCAUCACCCCGCCCCAUUCUCCUGCUUUCCAUCACCCCGCCCCAUUCUCCCUCUUUCCAUCACCCCCCCCCAUUCUCCCGCUUUCCAUCACCCCGCCCCAUUCUCCCGCUUUCCAUCACCCCGCCCCAUUCUCCCGCUUUCCAUCACCCCGUCCCAUUAUCCCUCUUUCCAUCAUCCCGCCCCAUUCUCCCGCUUUCCAUCACCCCGCCCCAUUCUUCCUCUUUCCAUCUCCCCGCCCCAUUCUCCCUCUUUCCAUCACCCCGCCCCAUUCUCCCUCUUUCCAUCACCCCGCCCCAUUCUCCCUCUUUCCAUCACCCCGCCCCGUUCUCCCUCUUUCCAUCACCCCGCCCCAUUCUCCCUCUUUCCAUCACCCCGCCCCAUUCUCCCGAUUUCCGUCACCCCGCCCCAUUCUCCCUCUUUCCAUCACCCCGCCCCAUUCUCCCUCUUUCCAUCACCCCGACCCAUUCUCCCGCUUUGCAUCACCCCGCCCCAUUCUCCCUCUUUCCAUCACCCCGCCCCAUUCUCCUGCCUUCCAUCACCCCGCCCCAUUCUCCCGCUUUCCAUCACCCCGCCCCAUUCUACCGCUUUCCAUCACCCCGUCCCAUUAUCCCGCUUUCCAUCACCCCGCCCCAUUCUCCCGCUUUCCAUCUCCCCGUCCCAUUAUCCCUCUUUCCAUCACCCCGCCCCAUUCUCCCGCUUUCCAUCACCCCGCCCCAUUCUUCCUCUUACCAUCUCCCCGCCCCAUUCUCCCUCUUUCCAUCACCCCGCCCCAUUCUCCCUCUUUCCAUCACCCCGCCCCAUUCUCCCUCUUUCCAUACCCCCGCCCCGUUCUCCCUCUUUCCAUCACCCCGCCCCAUUCUCCCUCUUUCCAUCACCCCGCCCCAUUCUCCCGAUUUCCGUCACCCCGCCCCAUUCUCCCUCUUUCCAUCACCCCGCCCCAUUCUCCCUCUUUCCAUCACCCCGACCCAUUCUCCCGCUUUCCAUCACCCCGCCCCAUUCUCCCUCUUUCCAUCACCCCGCCCCAUUCUCCUGCCUUCCAUCACCCCGCCCCAUUCUCCCGCUUUCCAUCACCCCGCCCCAUUCUACCGCUUUCCAUCACCCCGCCCCAUUCUCCCGCUUUCCAUCACCCCACCCCAUUCUUCCUCUUUUCAUCUCCCCACCCCAUUCUCCCUCUUUCCAUCACCCCGCCCCAUUCUCCCUCUUUCCAUCACCCCGCCCCAUUCUCCCUCUUUCCAUCACCCCGCCCCAUUCUCCCGAUUUCCGUCACCCCGCCCCAUUCUCCCUCUUUCCAUAACCCCGCCCCAUUCUCCCGAUUUCCAUCACCCCGCCCCAUUCUCACGCUUUCCAUCACCCCGCCCCAUUCUCCCUCUUUCCAUCACCCGCCCCAUUCUCCCGCUUUCCAUCACCCCGCCCCAUUCUCCCUCUAUCCAUCACCCCGCCCAAUUCUCCCACUUUCCAUCACCCCCUUUCCAUCACCCCGCCCCAUUCUUCCUCUUUCCGUCUCCCUGCCCCAUUCUCCCUCUUUCCAUCACCCCGCCCCAUUCUCCCUCUUUCCAUCACCCCGCCCCAUUCUCCCUCUUUCCAUCACCCCGCCCCAUUCUCCCGAUUUCCGUCACCCCGCCCCAUUCUCACGCUUUCCAUCACCCCACCCCAUUCUCCCUCUUUCCAUCACCCCGCCCCAUUCUCCCGCUUUCCAUCACCCCGCCCCAUUCUCUCGCUUUCCAUCACCCCGCAUUAUUCUCCCGCUUUCCCUCACCCCGCCCCAUUCUCCCGAUUUCCAUCACCCCGCCCCAUUCUCCGCUUUCCAUCACCCGCCCCAUUCUCCCGAUUUCCAUCACCCCGCCCCAUUCUCCCGCUUUCCAACACCCUGCCCCAUUCUCCCGCUUUCCAUCACCCCACCCCAUUCUCACUCUUUCCAUCACCCCUCCCCAUUCUCCCUCUUUCCAUCACCCCGCCCCAUUCUCCUGCUUUCUAUCACCCCGCCCCAUUCUCCCUCUUUCCAUCACCCCGCCCCAUUCUCCCGCCUUCCAUCACCCCGCCCUAUUCUCCAUCUUUCCAUCACCCUGCCCAAUUCUCCCCCUUUCCAUCACCCCGCCCCAUUCUCCCGCCUUCCAUCACCCCGCCCCAUUCUCCCUCUUUCCAUCACCCCGCCCCAUUCUCCCGCUUUCCAUCACCCCGCCCCAUUUUCCCGAUUUCCAUCACCCCGCCCCAUUCUCCCGCUUUCCAUCACCUUGCCCCAUUCUCCCGCUUUCCAUCACCCCGCCCCAUUCUCCUGCUUUCCAUCACCCCGCCCCAUUCUCCCGCUUUCCAUCACCCAGCCCAAUUCUCCCGCUUUCCAUCACCCCGCCCCAUUCUCCCGCUUUCCAUCACCCCGCCCCAUUCUCCCUCUUUCCAUCACCCCGCCCCAUUCUCCCGCAUUCCAUCACCCCGCACCAUUUUCCCUCGUUCCAUCACCCCGCUCCAUUCUCCCGCUUUCCAUCACCCCGCCCAAUUCUCCCUCUUUCCAUCACCCCUCCCCAUUCUCCCUCUUUCCAUCACCCCGCCCCAUUCUCCCGCUUUCCAUCACCCCGCCCCAUUCUCCCUCUAUCCAGCACCCCGCCCCAUUCUCCCUCUUUCCAUCACCCCGCCCCAUUCUCCCGCUUUCCAUCACCCCGCCCCAUUCUCCCUCUUUCCAUCACCCCGCCCCAUUCUCCCGCUUUCCAUCACCCCGCCCCAUUCUCCCUCUUUCCAUCACCCCGCUCCAUUCUCCCGCUUUCCAUCACCCCGCCCAAUUCUCCCUCUUUCCAUCACCCCUCCUCAUUCUCCCUCUUUCCAUCACCCCGCCCCAUUCUCCCGCUUUCCACCACCCCGCUCCAUUCUCCCGCUUUCCAUCACCCCUGCCCCAUUCUCCCGCUUUCCAUCACCCCACCCCAUUCUCACUCUUUCCAUCACCCCUCCCCAUUCUCCCUCUUUCCAUCACCCCGCCCCAUUCUCCUGCUUUCUAUCACCCCGCCCCAUUCUCCCUCUUUCCAUCACCCCGCCCCAUUCUCCCGCCUUCCAUCACCCCGCCCCAUUCUCCAUCUUUCCAUCACCCUGCCCAAUUCUCUCCCUUUCCAUCACCCCGCCCCAUUCUCCCGCCUUCCAUCACCCCGCCCCAUUCUCCCUCUUUCCAUCACCCCGCCCCAUUCUCCCGCAUUCCAUCACCCCGCCCCAUUUUCCCGAUUUCCAUCACCCCGCCCCGUUCUCCCGCUUUCCAUCACCCCGCCCCAUUCUCCCGCUUUCCAUCACCCUGCCCCGUUGUCCCGCUUUCCAUCACCCCGCCCCAUUCUCCCGCUUUCCAUCACCCAGCCCCAUUCUCCUGCUUUCCAUCACCCCGCCCCAUUCUCCCGCUUUCCAUCACCCCGCCCCAUUCUCCCUCUUUCCAUCACCCCGCCCCAUUCUCCCGCAUUCCAUCACCCCGCCCCAUUUUCCCUCGUUCCAUCACCCCGCUCCAUUCUCCCGCUUUCCAUCACCCCGCCCAAUUCUCCCUCUUUCCAUCACCCCUCCCCAUUCUCCCCUCUUUCCAUCACCCCGCCCCAUUCUCCCGCUUUCCAUCACCCCGCCCCAUUCUCCCGCCUUCCAUCACCCCGCCCCAUUCUCCCUCUUUCCAUCACCCCGCCCCAUUCUCCCGCUUUCCAUCACCCCGCCCCAUUUUCCCGAUUUCCAUCACCCCGCCCCAUUCUCCCGCUUUCCAUCACCCCGCCCCAUUCUCCCGCUUUCCAUCACCCCGCCCCAUUCUCCCGCUUUCCAUCACCCCGCCCCAUUCUCCCGGUUUCCAUCACCCAGCCCCAUUCUCCCGCUUUCCAUCACCCCGCCCCAUUCUCCCGCUUUCCAUCACCCCGCCCCAUUCUCCCUCUUUCCAUCACCCCGCCCCAUUCUCCCGCAUUCCAUCACCCCGCCCCAUUUUCCCGAUUUCCAUCACCCCGCCCCAUUCUCCCGCUUUCCAUCACCCCGCCCCAUUCUCCCGCUUUCCAUCACCCUGCCCCGUUCUCCCGCUUUCCAUCACCCCGCCCCAUCCUCCCGCUUUCCAUCACCCAGCCCCAUUCUCCUGCUUUCCAUCACCCCGCCCCAUUCUCCCGCUUUCCAUCACCCCGCCCCAUUCUCCCUCUUUCCAUCACCCCGCCCCAUUCUCCCGCAUUCCAUCACCCCGCCCCAUUUUCCCUCGUUCCAUCACCCCGCUCCAUUCUCCCGCUUUCCAUCACCCCGCCCAAUUCUCCCUCUUUCCAUCACCCCUCCCCAUUCUCCCUCUUUCCAUCACCCCGCCCCAUUCUCCCGCUUUCCAUCACCCCGCCACAUUCUCCCUCUUUCCAUCACCCCGCCCCAUUCUCCCGCAUUCCAUCACCCCGCCCCAUUUUCCCUCGUUCCAUCACCCCGCUCCAUUCUCCCGUUUUCCAUCACCCCGCCCAAUUCUCCCUCUUUCCAUCACCCCUCCCCAUUCUCCCUCUUUCCAUCACCCCGCCCCAUUCUCCCGCUUUCCAUCACCCCGCCCCAUUCUCCCGCCUUCCAUCAUCCCGCCCCAUUCUCCCUCUUUCCAUCACCCCGCCCCAUUCUCCCGCUUUCCAUCACCCCGCCCCAUUUUCCCGAUUUCCAUCACCCCGCCCCAUUCUCCCGCUUUCCAUCACCCCGCCCCAUUCUCCCGCUUUCCAUCACCCCGCCCCAUUCUCCCGCUUUCCAUCACCCCGCCCCAUUCUCCCGCUUUCCAUCACCCAGCCCCAUUCUCCCGCUUUCCAUCACCCCGCCCCAUUCUCCCGCUUUCCAUCACCCCGCCCCAUUCUCCCUCUUUCCAUCACCCCUCCUCAUUCUCCCACUUUCCAUCACCCCGCCCCAUUCUCCCGCCUUCCAUCACCCCGCCCCAUUCUCCCUCUUUCCAUCACCCCGCCCCAUUCUCCCGCUUUCCAUCACCCCGCCCAAUUCUCCCUCUUUCCAUCACCCCUCCCCAUUCUCCCUCUUUCCAUCACCCCGCCCCAUUCUCCCGCUUUCCAUCACCCCGCCCCAUUCUCCCUCUUUCCAUCACCCCGCCCCAUUCUCCCUCUUUCCAUCAACCCGCCCCAUUCUCCCGCUUUCCAUCACCCCGCCCCAUUCUCCCUCUUUCCAUCACCCCGCUCCAUCCUCCUGCUUUCCAUCACCCCGCCCCAUUCUCCCUCUUUCCAUCACCCCGCUCCAUUCUCCCGCUUUCCAUCACCCCGCCCAAUUCUCCCUCUUUCCAUCACCCCUCCUCAUUCUCCCACUUUCCAUCACCCCGCCCCAUUCUCCCGCUUUCCACCACCCCGCUCCAUUCUCCCGCCUUCCAUCACCCUGCCCAAUUCUCCCGCUUUCCAUCACCCCGCCCCUAGAGAUAGGUGCCUCUAG